GUUGCCCUCAGCACCAGAUAAGCGAUCAGCUAUUAAUUAUAUACUUCUAUGAGGGAUUAUGCCCCAUGGACAGGAGUAUGGUUGAUGCAGCUAGUGGAGGGGCUCUAGUUAACAAGACAUCUACUCAGGCCAGAGAACUUAUCGAGAGUAUGGCUGUAAAUUAUCAGCAGUAUGGGACUAGACUAGUGAUAACUGAAGAUGUUCAUUCCUUUGCCAGUGUACUCCCUACCAGGAUCCAGUAUUAUCAGCCUGAUCCUCAGUAUUAUCAGACUCAUCAGCAGGACAGGUAUAAUUUAAUUGAAGGAUUCGGGUAUGGGAACACACAACAAGGGAAUUCUGAGUGGUCCCACUAUUAUCAACCUUACUUUCAGCACCAUCAGCCUGAGCAGGAUUUUAGGGAGCAAUCACAAAAAUUAUGUCAGCAUCAAGAAACACAAUUCCAGCCAAGAAUACAUUCAUCGACACAAUUACAGUUGCUAUCAGAUCAACCUACUGCAUCAAUUCCUGAUGAGAUGGAUUGUAGAGUUUGUGAUUUGCCUGAUCUUGAUUCUGCGACUCUACAUACUUCUUCUAGUAUUUUGUAUCGUGAUGUUGUAGUUGAUUCUGAUUAUGUUGUUGUAGAUGAUAUUGUUGUUUCAGAUGUUCUUGAUGUUGCAGGUGAUAUUGAUGAUGACGGAAGUGUAGGGGAGACCCAAGAAUCGCUUCCAAUGAUUAUUCUACCACCGGUUGAGCUUUUUAUUGUACCUAGUGACGAUGGAAGUGUAGGGGAAACUCAAGAAUCACUUCCAUUGGUUGUACCUGAUCCAGAGCCAGUUCUUUCACCUGACCAAGAUGAUGCCACAUUCACUAUACUAGAACCUUCAGGGGAGUAAUUUGGGACGUUGAUCGGGAUCAAAUAAUCCAAGGGCUCAUGUUAUUCCAAGUUGAAUCAAGAAGAGCUAAAUCCAAUCAAACCCAAUCCAAAAGCUUCAAUUCAAACCCAAUCUUAAAGCCCACUUUUAAAAGCCCAAUUCCACUUAUCUUAUUGGAUCCGGAUCUUCUCAUUAAUCCAAACCCAAAAUCCCAUUCCUUCCCAAACCCGAUCCACUAAGAAACUUCCCUUACCUCACGCACGGCACAGGAACCCCUGCUCUUCUCGCGAUUUCUCUUCCCUGCGGCAGCUAGGGCACGCAGCUCUCCCCACCGCCGGUUUUCUUUUCUUUCUCUCCGGCCGGCGGCCUUUAUUCCUUUGCUUGCACUGCCGCCGGCCGGCCAGCCCUCUCCACCCUUCUCCUUGCGAUUUCCAGCGGCGACGGCAGUGAGCAUAGUGGCGGCAGCAGCUAGCUUCGACAGCGAUUCCAGUCAUCCACCUCACCGGAGGGGUUCUCCGGUGUGUCCUCCACCGCACGGCACAGUGCCGACACCCCUCUCUUCUCGCGAUUUCUCUUCUGCUUGCGGGCUAGGGCACGCUCCUCCCACACCUUCUUCUUCUCCGUUCUUCCUCUUCUCUCCGGCCGGCGGCCUCUAUUCCUUUGCUUGCACUGCCGCCGGCCGGCCAACCACAGCCCACUUCUCCUUCUCAGUUUCCAGCGGCGACGGCAGUGAGCAUAGUGGCGGCAGCAGUGAACUUCGGCGACGAUUCCGGUCAUCCACCUCACCGGAGGGGUUCUCCGGUGAGAUCCUUCACCUUCCGACUUCUCUGGCUUUCUGGGGUUCGGACGGGCAGAGGAAGAAGAAGGCGGCAGAUUAUAGGGAGGUCCGGCAGUCCAGAUUUUCCAGCAACUUCCAGCGAGGGGGUUCCUCGGUGAAGAUUGCAUUCAUCUACGUCGGUGAUGAAGCUAGCAGCAAGUCCAUCAGAGUGCUACUGUUCACUGGUUCUUGGGGGUUCCGGAGCCGGGUCCUUGUGUGACGGCAAGGGUAGUCAUUGGUAAUCGGAUGCGAAGUGUGAAUUGUGGUUGGAUUAGUUUAGUUUUCUUAGUUUAAUUCUGCAUUGUGUUAAUUUACUUGUGUUGGAGUUUGUUUCAUUGAAUAUUUGUAUUGAACUAGAUUUCCAUGUUUAAAUUGCACUUACUAUGCUUGAUUAGUUUCACGCA